AUGUUAACAAGGACCACUUUUUGUCUGAGAUACAUGGGUACAAUUACUGGGAUUGGCGACUUAGAUCCUGUUCGCUGGCCAAAUUCUCACUGGCGAUCCGUCAAGUCGGUGCUUGCUUGGUGGCUUUGGUCUGGUGGGUUGAUGUAUUGGUUUGAUUUGAUGAGGUUUGGUCAGUCGGUGGGUGAGGAGACAGUGGGUUGGCUUUUGAUUUUUGGUUUUGUCGCCGGCAGUGGGCUAGCUUCUGUUGAUGCUGGCUGUAGGGAAGGGGGAGUUGAAGUUGGAAAUGAAGAGUCAAGUGCAUUGGGGAUUGGAAUGAUAUCCCGAACUGUUUCGUGGAGUGUUACGGCUAAGAAUAAUCUUGUAAAAUCUUCAGAAACCUUGUCACGAGACGAGGUGGAAGGCAGCGUUCAAAGGUUUAAACAUUUAUCCACUAAUCAACCACCGUUGGCAAUUCAUCCUACGGUCAGAUUUCUGAACUUAGUGGCAGAUAUACUGGAAUUAGUUUCCACUUUCUGGUAUCUCAUUAUUCAUUUACCUCAAGUAGUGCCUUGCCAAUGGCUGCAAGAAAAGUUGCUUCCAAUUGUCGGUUGGGACGAAUCAACUGCAGGUGAGAGGCAGCCACGCGUAUCAUUGUGGGAAAUUGAGCCUUUGACAACAUUUCCCAUGUAUCCGUCGUUGUUUCCCCUUAGGCUGAAGCGACCUUGGUAUCCUGGAGCCUCAUCUUUUCAAGAUGGUAGAGAUGAAGCUGUUAAUGGCAUGUCGUGGCUAAGAGGGGGAACUGGUGAGCAAGGACUUCACUCCCAGAAUUUUCAACCUGUUGGUAUGUAUCCCUGGCUGCAGCAGAGAGUCGAUCCGACAUUGCUCCAGCAUGAUCUUAAUCAGCAGUACCAAGCCAUGUUGGCCUCAGGUUUGCAGAAUUCAGGAAGUGGAGAUUCAAUGAGACAGCAAUUAAUGCAGUUACAGCAGCCUGUCCAAUAUCUUCAACAUUCAGGCAGCAACAAUUUACUGUUGCAGCAGCAGCAGCAACAGCAAGUCAUUCAGCAAUCCAUUUCUCCUCAUAUGCUGCAUGCACAAAAUCAAAUGCUACCGGAGAAUCUGUUCAAACCAAUACAAGUGAAUAAUCGAUCACAAGAACAGGAACAGCAGCAUACUUAUCAGGAGGCACAUCUGAUGCAAAGCGAUCAGCUCCUGCAGAGGCAGCCAUCAAAUCUCCCCUCUCCUUCAUUUUCUAAGACAGACUUCACAGCUUCAAACACCAAAUUUCCAACUUCUAUUGCUCCUCCCAGUGUGCAAAAUAUGCUGGGUUCACUUUGCCGUGAAGGGAGUGGUAAUCUUUUGAAUUUCUCAAGAACUGGUCACUCCAUGCUCAGUGAGCAGCCACCACAACUGUCCUGGGUUACCAAUUUUGCUCAUCAACAAGGCCAUACUUCUUCCAGUUCGGUGUCACUUUCACCAUAUCCUGGGAAAGAUGCUGCUGUGGAGCAGGAUACUUCUAGCUUGGAUGCCCACAAUCAAGCUCUUUACAGUGCUAAUAUUGACUCAUCUGGGCUCCUACUCCCCACGACUGUCUCCAGUGUUGGUAGUUCUGCAAUUGAUGCUAGUAUAUCCUCCAUGCCAUUGGGGGCUUCUGCAUUUCAGAGUUCUCUGUAUGGCUACAUGGAGGACUCGUCUGAGUUGUUGCAUAGUGCAGGACAAGUUGACCCACAAAACCCAACUCGUACAUUUGUUAAGGUUUACAAAUCUGGGUCGGUUGGGAGGUCACUGGAUAUCACCCGUUUCACCAGCUAUCAUGAGCUGCGAGAGGAACUGGGUCAGAUGUUCGGGAUUGAAGGGUUGCUUGAAAACCCACAAAGAUCAGGCUGGCAGCUUGUAUUUGUCGACAGGGAGAAUGAUGUGCUUCUCCUUGGAGACGACCCAUGGGAGGCUUUUGUGAACAAUGUCUGGUAUAUCAAGAUCCUUUCACCGGAGGACGUGCUGAAACUGGGGAAGCAAGAGGCUGAAUCAUUGAGCCAAAUUGCUGUUGAAAGGAUGAACAGCAGUGGCACUGACAGCCGAGACCUUCUUUCUGGACUUCCAUCUCUUGGAUCACUUGAAUACUGAGACUGGCAGAGCAGAUUUCUAUCCUCCCACGAAACUUCUCGUCUACUCUCUACUGCUGAAGAUUCCAGAAGUUCCUAUUAUUUUGCACUUCAUCACGUCUUAGUUGCUUUUAGUAGGUGUGAUCACUCGUGGUUAUGCCUCUGUAUCGUGUUAUGUCUAUCCAAUCACGUUUUAUUAGAAGUCCAUUAGUUUUGUUACCGAAUCUGAACCUUAGGGACAGAACAUACGCGAUAUUGAUCUCCAAGAUUCGAGAAUCAGAAACUUGCGAAACAUUUAUGGACAAUCUAAUCUGAUGCCCUGAACCUGAGACAUGCAAUCUUACUCUUCUGGAAGUACC